AGCAGCACCACUUCCUCUCAUGUUUGGAUUCCUUCACUUUUUGAGUUUCUCCGGUCACUGCUGCGGGUACCACCAGAGUGCUGAGGCGGACUAGGAUACACCCUCACCCCAGCAUCCCUCCAGACUACCAGAUAAAUAACAAGAUAGUUUUCUCUCUUGCUCUGGGAACUCCUGCUUACUAGUCCGUCCCUUGGUUACCUGCUGCACUUCAGGAGAUCGUCCCCGGUGUGAGGACUCACGGAUGGAGCUUUGAAUUCUCAUUUCUCUCUACUCCAACAAACUGUGGAUUUUUGGAUACUCGCAGAUCCAAGGUGCUGUGCGCUCAAAGGGAGCUUUUGGGCAAAUGCCAUUGCGAUGCUGUGGAUGUGACUUCAAACAACAGCAGCUUCACAACGGUAGAGUCCUGUAAACCACAAUGAAAGACGAUUUUGCCGAUGAGGAGGAGGUGCAGUCCUUUGGUUAUAAGAGGUUUGGAAUUCAGGAGGGAACGGAGUGCACGAAGUGCAAAAAUGACUGGGCGCUGAGGGCGGCGAUUGCACUGCUCUAUGUGCUCUGUGCCCUGCUCACCAUAGCAGUGGCCGUCCUCGGAUACAAAGUGGUCCAGAGAAUGGACAAUGUCACAGAGGGCAUGCAGAAUUAUGGAGGCAAGAUCAAUGCUGUGGAGACAGACUUAAAGAAACUAGAUGAUCAGACAGGAGAGAAGUCAGGAAAUGCCACAAGUAACAUCAAGACCUUCAAGUCAGAUCUGGAGGCCUUACAGAACCAACUGAACGAUAUCGCCCUCAGGGCAACCAGGAACAGGGAUUUGCUGGACGGGCUUCAGAUCACAGGAGAUGACAUGCAGAACGGCCACGUCUCCCUGCAGAGUUUUAUGCAAGGCAGCGAGGCCUCAUUGCGUGGGGUCAACCAGACCUUGACCUCCUACAGUGGCAUGAUUGACGACCUCCAGACAGACACUGCACGGCUCCAGUCAGAGAUACAGGGCCAGGUCAACAUGCAGAGCCAGACCCAGGUUAGUAUCAGUGCACUAAACAUCACCCAAUCCCAGCAGCGGAAUCUGCUUGGCACGCUGCAGAAGACGGUGGAAGGCGCAGGCCAGGCGGUGCAGACACUGAAAAAUGACUAUCAGGGUCUGCAGCAGACGGCCAGACAGACCCGGGCUGACACAGAGUGGCUUAAGGAAAAGGUCCAGAACCUCCAGGUUUUGGCAGCCAAUAACUCAGCUCUGGCGCGUUCCAAUGGAGAAGCUCUGGAUGACUUGGGGGCUCAGCUCAGCACGCUAGCCAGCCAGAUCCAGAACACCUCCGCUCUCAAUGAGGAGCAUGGCCAGAGCGUGCAUGAGCUGAUGGACCACCAGAGAGACCACGAUAACGCCACCUCAUCUAAGUUUGAUAAGAUGGAAUCACGACUAGACAGACAUGAGAAUGACAUGGACCGUGUGACUGGAAACAUGAGCUUCGCCACGCAGCUCCUAGGUGCGAUCAGCUCCGACCUGAAUGGCCUGAGGUCGUGCGCCGAGACGGUGAUGCGACAUUCAGACCUGAUACUGGGGAUGAAUGUCAGUGUGACGGAGGUCAUGGCAGAUAGCAAAGACCAGCGCGCAGAGCAAGAUGAGCUGGCAGCCAGGGUGGACAAAGAGGUCAGCGACCUCUCUGUGGUGAUGGAGGAGAUGAAGCUGGUGGACAGCAAGCACUCACAGCUCAUCACCAACUUCACCAUCCUGCAGGGUCCACCAGGUCCAAGGGGCCUCAGGGGGGAUAAGGGUCCACAGGGAACAAUGGGCCAGCCAGGACAAAAGGGCGAUAAGGGAGACAAAGGGAUGCCAGGGUUGGUGGGAUCUAAAGGAGAGAAAGGUGCUGCUGGACCACCAGGUGCGACAGGUCCAAAGGGUCCAAUCGGGGCUCGGGGUCUUCCAGGGGCUAAAGGAUCGAGAGGGUCUGGAGGUCGACCUGGAAACUCUGGUGAAAAAGGUGACCCUGGGGCUCCGGGGAUUCCUGGUAGGGAUGGACAGCCAGGGUUGCUUGGACUAAUGGGGCCUCCAGGGCCCAGAGGAGCAGCAGGAUCUGCAGGGCACGAUGGGCCUCGUGGGCCUGUUGGACCCAUUGGCCCUCCUGGUCCUCCAGGGCUACCAGGGAUACCUGCGCCUGCACCUCCAUUUUUAAAGCCGCCUCAACCCACGAGGCCCGCUAUGCUCCCUGAAACCCCCAAACCACCUCAAGCCACCAAACCGCCCCAACCCCCCAAACCACCUCAACCCUCCAAACCAACAGAGGAACCACAAGGCUCCGUGUUCUGGCAGAUCCAAACCCCUGUCACCACUGCUCCAGCACCUGGUUGCCCAGCUGAUUUCAGAAGGUUUGGAGACAGCUGCUAUUACUUCUCCUCUGGUCCUCAGAGGCUCAACUUUGACGAGUCCAACCAGUUUUGUACUAACAUGUCAUCUCUAAUGCUGAUUAUCAACACCGAUGAGGAACAGCAAUUUGUGAGAGAUGCAAUUGCAGGAAAAGGCUAUUUCUGGCUGGGUCUUACUGACAGGGAGGAGGAAAAUGUCUGGAAAUGGGUGGAUGGAACUUUACCAGUUUUCAAGAAGUGGAAGCCUGGCCAGCCGGAUAACUGGACCCAUGGCCACGAAGAUGGCGAGGACUGUGCUGGCCUUGUCCAUAAUGCCAACUGGAAUGAUUUCUACUGCACAGACAGCAUCGGUUUCAUCUGUGAACGUGCCUCUGACUCAUCCAUCGAAGGCAGUGUGAGCUGUCUCUGGGAGAACGGUGAAGAGGCUGAAGUUGAGGGGAACGCGAAUAACAGGAGGAAGGCGAAAUCUGUUGUCAACACACCAGCAAUGCCUCUCUUCGCGACGAACCCAUUUGACCAAGAUGUUGAGAAGGCAACCAGUGAGAUGAACACAGCAGAGGACUGGGGCCUCAUUCUGGAUAUUUGUGAUAAGAUAGGGCAGUCACGCACUGGGCCUAAAGAAUGUCUCCGCUCUAUAAUGAGAAGAGUGAACCAUAAGGAUCCUCACGUGGCCAUGCAGGCAUUGACUCUCCUUGGUGCUUGUGUCUCAAACUGUGGGAAGAUAUUCCACUUAGAGGUGUGCUCCAGAGAGUUUGCCAGUGAAGUCAGUAACGUCCUAAACAAGGGCCACCCCAAGGUGUGUGAGAAGCUGAAAGCCUUGAUGGUGGAGUGGGCAGAGGACUUCCGCAACGAUCCCCAACUCAGUCUGAUCUCAGCAAUGAUCAAGAAUCUACGCGAGCAGGGUGUUACUUUCCCAGCUGUUGGGUCCCAGGCUGCAGAGCAAGCAAAAGCAAGCCCUGCUUUAGUGGCAAAGGAUCCCUCCACCUCGACAAACAAGAAAGAAGAAGACGAUUUGGCCAAAGCUAUCGAGCUGUCUCUGAAGGAGCAACGUCAGCAGCCGCAGACCUCCCUGUCGGGCCUUUACCCGAACACCUCCGGCCUGCUCUCCUCGCACAAGUCCGACGGCAGGAAAGUCCGCGCCAUCUACGACUUUGAGGCCGCUGAGGACAACGAGCUCACCUUCAAGUCGGGGGAAAUCAUCACCAUCCUGGACGAUAGUGACCCCAACUGGUGGAAAGGGGAAACAUACCAGGGGGUGGGGUUGUUCCCCUCUAACUUUGUCACAGCUGACCUCACUGCAGAGCCUGAGAUGAUGAAGACGGAGAAGAAGACGGUACAGUUCAGUGAGGACAUCCAGGUGGAGACCAUAGAGCCCGAACAAGAGCCUGUAUAUAUAGACGAAGACAAAAUGGACCAGCUGCUGCAGAUGAUCCAGAGUGCAGAUCCCACAGACAACCAGUCGGACAGCGUUGAGUUGCUACAGUUGGAAGGUGCCUGCAAUCAAAUGGGGCCCCUCAUUGACCAGAAGUUGGAGGAUAUAGACAGGAAGCACUCGGAGCUGUCGGAGCUGAAUGUGAAGGUGAUGGAAGCUCUGUCUUUGUAUGCCAAGAUAAUGAAUGACGAUCCAGUUUACGCCAUGUACGCCAAGCUACAGAGCCAACAGUACUACAUGCAGCAACCUGCCAACGCAGCACAACAGGUCUACCCUGGUCAGCCUGCAUCAGGUCCGUAUGCCGCGGUGCAGGGUUACACCGUCCCCAUGGAGCAGCUUCCAGCUGGAACCCCCAUACCUGGUCAGCCAGCUCCCAGUGACGUUCAUAUGUACAUGGGCCAGCCUCCAGUCUACACCGCAGCUCCAGGCAGCAUGGCCCCAGCAGACUUACAGUCCUACCAGAACCCAGCCAUCGGGCCGGGCCUGACGCAGACGCCAAACUACAGCUCCCCCUCUGGCCCGAGCAUAGCACCUUCAUCAGACCCCUCGCAGGCCCCCUACUCAGAGAAAGCCCUGCUAUAGGGGCUCACUGUUAUCCUCACGCAUGCACCAGACCUGAUCAAACGGUGGUGGUAGAUCAUUUCUUUUAUUAUGCGUUUUGGUUUGUGUGGAACACCAGAUGGGUGAAAACAUUCAAAUAGAGUAGACUAAACUUGACAUAUGGCACGCUUUGUGUUGUUUUAUCUGUCAGAUAAAUGCACAGUUGCACUUCUCACUCCAGGUUUAGAAGUAAUCACGAGGCUUUGAUUUGAAGAGCUCACACCAAGAAAACAGAAACACACAGUGUUCUUUCAAUUAAUUAUGUUUCUGCAUUUUCACUCUUCUCAGAAGUGAAGACACGGAGGAGCUUUCAGUUCACUUUUAUCUUCAAUUGCUUCAGUUAAGUUUUGGUCAUUAUUCAAGCCUGAUCACUUCCAAAUCUAAGUCUAAUAGCAAUAUAUGCUUUGUCCAGUUUUAUGCACGGGACCUGACAUGAAUUGCUUCUUAAAUUAUCAUAGGACUAUUGAGAAAUUAGGUUUAUGUUUUAUUUUAUGAGUCCUAGCUACAUCAUUUGGUACCCAUUAUAGAGGAAAUGAGACUAAGUUCUUUCAGUUAGAAGCAAAUAUUCAUUUAUUAGUCAUUUAUUAUUUGAAACUUUAUUCUUCAUACUAUAUAUAUAUUUUUGAAUGCUGAGCUGACCUACUGUGUGCUGACUUGAGACUUUUUAGGUUAUACUAUCAAUUAGAAAUAAGUUAUUGGAAGCGACUUAAACUGUUAAUCUACAGUAGUUCACCUACAAUUAGUAUCACAUUUUAUAGUUGUUUCCUAUAAAACUAACAAGGAAAUUACUAAAAAAACUACGGACCUGUAAAAUAAAACAAACAAAAUUGCCACUAUAUAUAUAUAUAUAUGUAUGUGUAUAUAUAUAUAUAUAUAUAUGUGUGCAAUUACUAUUUGAUCAAGUGUCAAACACAUUCCUUCUCACCACCCCUCAACAUGCACACUGGAGCUACACACAAACACACUACAGGUGUGCAGUCGCGGACACACAUCCUCAUCAGUGUUUAAUACUUUACCUUCACUCACACACUAAUACGCCGCAGCCUUCUCACCCACUUAAAGCAACUGCAUUGCUAAUCGUGUCACCGAAAAGGGGCGUCAACAUACUUUUAUUUUUUUCAUUAUUAUUAUUAUUCAGAAGAAGGACUUUUAGCGAUGCUAAAAACUUUAGAUUACUACAUUCUGUAUAUGUCGGCAACUUUUAGAAGUACUGAAAACUGAAGCCACUUUGUUUUUUUUUUUUGGGAGGGGAAAAAAAGAAACCAGAAGAAUUUAAGCAUGCACAUGACUCCUGUAUAUACUGUACUGAACUAGUAGUGAAGCCACACGGCGACCUCAUGGGUGGAUGUUAGCACAGCUCCGGGUGUUUCUCUCAGCCUCGAAGGUGAACUCUGCAGUCAUGAUGUCCCUGCUGAACUAAAGGUGUAAAAGCCAAAGAGAAGAAAGCGGGGGAAAAAAACUUCAUACUGCAGAGUUUUCCUUUUCAAAACGAGCAGCUCUAGAUCCUCGUUGGUGGAUUCAGUGUUUGCUUGGUUUCCAUUCAGGGGCUGUACUAACAGACAACAGACUCGGCUACUGAGGGGCGAACUCUGAACCGCCUCAGUGUCUUUCAAAGCAUCUCUUUAGUCAGCGUUUUGUUUCUGUAGUGCAUUUUAAUUUAUGUUAUGAUUAUUGUUAUAUUUUAAAUGGAGAAGCAGUGCAGGAUGUAUGUAUUCAGAGAAAAGCAGAAUAUGUGAUAUUCUGCCUGACUUAGUUGUAUAUUUAGAUUGCUCACAUGAGGACAUGGAUAUUACUCUGUGUUUUAUACUUGCUUGUUGUACUGUAGGGUCAAAUGGUAAUGUGAAAAACUGAUCGAACCUCCCGAAGCAUUUCAAUCCUGUCCUUUCUCCGAGCUGUCUUUACACUAAAACAAAUUCUACCUGAAGCAGGACUGACAGGAGGUGUUGUGAUUCUGGAAAGCACAGUCGGUAUUUAUAAGCAGCUCUUUUUCUAGGUUUCCAUAAGCUAUCCGUUACAAAGUCACUUUAAUAUCAAAUAUUGUAUAAAUCUACCGCUCAUACCAUAACUUCCCAUACUCUUCUAUGGCUUCUAUGUGUUCAACAUCUUUGGGAAAGAGUCUAUGAAUACUGACUGGAUUGCAAAACUAGAAACAUUAUUUAUCUGUUGUUUGGUAUUGAAUGAUGCUACAUGAAGGAAUUAUGAAGCAGUCUUAAAUACUAGGAUUUUUCCAGUUGCAAAACUAAUUGGUGUAUUGAUAUUUGAGAUACUAGUUGUGCUGCUCCUUGCCACCGUAACAAUUUAAAACGACUCCGUUGAAAGCUUUGGAACGUGGGACUUUGCAAACAAGAGGCCAUUUUUUUUUUUUCUCCCAGAACUUGAUUUUUAGCAUUAUUAUAGUUGAUUUCAAAGACGAGAAAUCUUUGUUUUGCUGCCUUCAACUAAAUGCAAGAGUGAAGUAGUGUUAAUUUGUUUGAUCAAACAAGGCUAAAAAUAUCAAAUGCAUAAAAAGCAGCAGCUAUUCUUGGACCUCGAGCCACUCAAUCGUCACACAUCAUCCAAAUGUAACAUGUUGUUUGUUGCACCACCGCGCUGGACUACAGCCCCGAUGUAACUUUAUUGCACAGGAUUGAGAUGCUGCCUGUUUUUAUGUUUUAAACAUUAUUGUAAAGGUUCUGUCUAAACUUGUAUCCUGCUGUUUGUAUGUAUUCUUUUAACCAUACUUAUUAAUUGGUAUUCACAAUAAAACCAGGCCAAAUGUACAUAAUAA